AUGCCACAACUAGAUACAUCAACAUGGCUCCUUACCAUUCUCUCUAUAAUCUUUACCCUAUUCGCACUACUUCAACUAAAAAUUUCAAAGCACUUUUACUCUCACUCCCCUAAACCAGUGGACACCAAACUACAAAAGCAGCAAACCCCUUGAAACCACACAUGAACGAAAAUUUAUUUGCCCCUUUCAUAA